AUGACAGACGUCGAUGCCUUUAGGGAUGCAGAGCACAUCGCCGACGUCUCUGGCAUUUCCCUCGAAGAUGUGGAGCCCGGAUCACCAGCACUGGCAAGCAAUGGCGGCAUCCGUAAUCAGAAUAACAGCCGCGUGAAGAAGCUCCAGUCUGCUGCAAAGGUCGCGUUCAUCGAUCGAUUACUUCGCGAUCUUGACAUCUUGAUAUAUUGCGAGUUAUCAGCGCUGUAUUAUAUGGACUGUUCUAUCAUUCUAUUCAUCAUUCGAGCCGUCGUCCAACUAAUAUUCUUCACACCUAAAGCGCCACCUUUCGAUCCUACGCGCAACCAGCCCUUCAUCGGCGCCAUCCUUGGCAGCAACCUAGUCUGCAUGAUCUUCCAUGCCUUCUUCAUCCGCCCCGAGACCAGUGAAUCUGAACGUGGAUAUCUACAUGGCGGAAUAUUCAUCGACUUCAUAGGACAGAAACCCGUCCCCGUGUUCCGACUACUAGCAUUCGAUACCCUCAUCCUGCUAGUCGACAUCAUUAUGCUGGCAUUGAUCAUUGAGCGCGUUAAGACGGUGGGUUCCAAGGGGCUGGCCUCCUUGGCAAGAAACGGGGGUACAGCGACGAACGCAAACGCAGAAACGAAUACCACGCAAUCGGGAACACAAGAUCAUGAUGCAGAGGAACGUGGGGCACGAAGUAGCGAGGACGCGGGUGAUUUUAAUGAUUCUCGACCCGAGGAGAACACCGCAAAUACGUCGCCCGUCCCUGAAAUUGAUGAUGAUGUAUACGAUGAACGGACAACGCUGCUGGCGGACCCCGGCGAGGGUGGUACGGGGCCAAUCCCGCGGGGUGGUCACCCGUUGGACUCGUACGCGACUGGUCAAGCUGUUAUUAUGGAUAUGGGCUUUUUCACCACGAUACGUGAUCAAUGGCGACAUUCGACUACGCCGGUUCGACGAGGGGAUGGGCGCUACGCACCUUCUCCGCAAGCUGCGACUUUCCUCCGGGAGCGCCUGGGGCUGCAGGUUGGAGCUGAUGGCCGCAUCGUACGUAUAGAUCAAUGA